AUGGCUGACCAGCGCCCCGCUCCUCUUCGUCUCGGCACCAUCGCCCCCAACUUCAAGGCCGAGACCACCAACGGUCCCAUCGACUUCCACGAGUUCGUCGGCGACAACUGGGUUGUCUUCUUCUCUCACCCCGAGGACUACACCCCCGUCUGCACCACCGAGCUCGGUGCCUUUGCCAAGCUUGAGCCCGAGUUCACCAAGCGUGGCGUCAAGCUGAUCGGCCUUUCUGCCAACACCCUCGGCAGCCACGAGGGCUGGAUCAAGGACAUUGACGAGGUCACUGGCUCUCGCGUUUCCUUCCCCAUCAUCGCCGACAAGGAGCGCAAGGUCGCCUACGCCUACGACAUGCUCGACUACCAGGACACCACCAACGUUGACGAGAAGGGCAUUGCCUUCACCAUCCGCUCCGUCUUCAUCAUCGACCCCAAGAAGACCAUCCGUACCAUCCUCUCCUACCCUGCCUCCACCGGCCGUAACUCCGCCGAAGUUCUCCGCAUUGUCGACUCUCUCCAGACCGGCGACAAGCACAAGAUCACCACUCCUAUCAACUGGGUUCCUGGUGACGACGUCAUUGUCCACCCCAGCAUCAAGACCGAGCAGGCCAAGGAGAUCUUCCCCGAGGUUCGCAUUGUCAAGCCCUACCUGCGCUUCACCCCUUUGCCCAAGGACAAGGCCACCGUCGCUUAA